AUGCACUACAAAAAGAAAGUUGUUCGGCGGUAUCUUGUUGAUGUUGAAUAUCAAUCCCCUACUUCAAUUGAUGUUUUACAAGCAAUGUGGAUGAUUACUAAAGCUUGGAAUCAAGUCAGUAAAAAAACAAUCAAAAAUUGUUUCAAAAAGAGUGGAUUUAAAGUUCCAGGUGAAGAUGAAAAUGACGACCUACCAAUCAGAGAAGAAUUUAACUUUCAAGACCCUGACUUCGAAGAGUUUGUUACCUUCGAUAAUGACGUAGCUGUCUGUGGAGAACUCACUGACGCUGACAUUGUCGCAUCUGUGUUGCCAGUAGCAAAUGAAGAAACGGAAGAAGGUGAUGAAGAAGAAGUAUUGCUACUGAGCCAUCUACUUGAUCGCUACUACAGUAAAACGUUUUCCUACGGUAGCAAUACUUUAGAUAGCUAG